GGGAUAUGAGAAGACCGUCAUAAAUGCCAGAGAUUGCCUUCUACAGAGACCAACAGACACGUGUGUAGAAACAUGAAGUCCAAUCCUGCUAUCCAAGCUGCCAUCGACCUCACAGCGGGGGCUGCAGGGGGCACUGCAUGUGUCCUGACCGGGCAGCCCUUUGACACAAUGAAGGUGAAGAUGCAGACAUUCCCAACCCUGUACAGAGGCUUCGUUGACUGCUGCCUGAAGACCUACUCGCAGGUGGGCUUCCGGGGCUUCUACAAGGGCACCAGCCCAGCGCUGAUUGCCAACAUUGCUGAGAACUCUGUCCUCUUCAUGUGCUACGGCUUCUGCCAGCAGGUGGUGAGGAAAGUGAUUGGUUUGGACAAGCAGGCAAAGCUGAGUGACCUCCAGAACGCAGGCGCUGGGUCCUUUGCCUCUGCGUUUGCUGCACUGGUGCUCUGCCCCACUGAGCUUGUGAAGUGCCGGCUACAGACCAUGUAUGAGAUGGAGACAUCGGGAAAGAUAGCAACGAGCCAGAAUACAGUUUGGUCUGUUGUGAAGAGUAUCCUUAGGAAGGAUGGCCCCUUGGGCUUCUACCAUGGACUCUCAAGCACUUUACUUCGAGAAGUACCGGGCUAUUUCUUCUUCUUCGGGGGCUAUGAACUGAGCCGAUCAUUUUUUGCAUCAGAGAGAUCAAAAGAUGAACUAGGCCCUGUCCCUUUGAUGUUAAGUGGUGGAGUUGGUGGAAUUUGCCUCUGGCUGGCUGUGUACCCAGUCGAUUGUAUCAAAUCCAGAAUUCAGGUUCUUUCCAUGUCUGGAAAACAGGCAGGAUUUAUCAGAACCUUUGUAAGUGUUUUGAAGAAUGAAGGAAUAACGGCUUUGUAUUCUGGACUGAAACCGACUAUGAUUCGUGCGUUCCCUGCCAAUGGGGCACUGUUUUUGGCCUAUGAAUAUAGCAGGAAGUUGAUGAUGAGCCAGUUUGAAGCAUACUGAGGUGCUUUGUGAACCUGGACCCAAGCACACGUUUGAGGACUACAGUUCAUCUCAGGGUUUCAUGGAGUAGAAGACCUAUGUGGAAUUAUUUUGCCUUCAUGAGAAUUUCAUGUUUUUAUCUUCCCUUCUUCUACCCUAAAUCUUAAACUUUAUGGAAAGACUUC